UGCAAUUCUCAGCAAGGAACAAGAAGCAAGGAAAGCGAGCGAGGAAGGACGUGCACUGCACACACAUGGCUGGCUUGCUUCGGCGCGGCGCGCGGCAGAUUGCCGUCGUCGGUGGUGGCCCCUCAGGCUUCUACACGGCACAGUACUUGCUCAAGUACUUGGGCGGGUCACUGCAGCAAUUGGACAUGUUUGAGCGACUUCCUGCGCCAUAUGGCCUCGUCCGCUAUGGCGUCGCCCCAGACCACCCAGAGGUGAAGAACUGCAUUGCCCAGUUUGAGGCAGUGGCUGAGAACCCAGCGUUUCGUUUCUUCGGCAACGUCCCUGUCGGAGACACACUGCCCGGGCAGCAAAGCGUCAAGCUGGAGGAGCUGCGUGAGGCGUAUGAUGCGGUUGUGUUGUCAUAUGGAACCAUUCGGGAGCGCCGGCUGGGGGUGCCAGGCGAGGACUUGGGCAACGUCAUAUCCGCCCGCGAGUUUGUUGGCUGGUACAACGGGCACCCCGAGCACCAGCAGCUGCCGGCUGACCUUCACGGCAAGAACGUCGUCAUCGUGGGACAGGGCAACGUGGCACUUGACUGUGCUCGCAUGCUCCUGGCCGACCCAUCAUAUCUGCGCAAGACCGACAUCACAGAGACGGCGUUGCAACAUCUCCACAGCAGCGGAAUCCAGCGCGUGUCUGUCGUCGGCAGGCGCGGGCCCAUCGAGGCUGCGUUCACCAUCAAAGAAUUGCGCGAAUUGACCAAACUGAGCGGCGUUGCGUGCCACGUGGACAAACACCACGUCGACUUUACGCAGGAUGAGCGCGAUUACAUCAAGGCCACGCGACGCAUCACGCGCAUGAUGAAACUGCUCGCCGACGUCGCAGUUGCCCCAGACACACACGCAGACGGAGUGAAGCACUGCGAUAUCCAAUUCUUCCUCUCGCCAAAGGAAUUUAGGGAGAGCACAGACAACGGCGGGCGCGUCGGGGAAGUUGUGUUCAACGUGAUGAAACUUGAGGGCGAUAUUGGACGGCGCCGCGCAGUCCCCACCGGCCAGGAGAGGACGCUGCCUGCGGAUCUGGUGAUCAAGAGCAUCGGAUAUCAGGGCCACAGCAUCGAUCCCGCACUCCCGUACGACCCGACACGAAACGUCAUUCGCCACGACGGCGUCGGGCGGGUGAGUGGGCUGGAUGGCGUGUACUGCAGCGGAUGGAUCAAGAACGGGCCCGCAGGCAUCAUCGCCACCACCAUGGUCGACGCAAACAACACAGCACGCGCCAUCGCCGACGACUUUUCAGACGCCAAUGCUGCCGGUCCUACUGCUGCUGCUGGUAGUGGUGAUGGUGGUGAUGAUCGGGAUGAUAAGCGCGAACAGCUCGUGAACAGGAUAGCACCCCAGGCUGUGUCAUUUGAGCAGUGGAAGAAGCUUGAGGCGUGGGAACGACAGCAGGGGAAGCAAUUGGGAAAACCGGCAGAGAAGUGCACAGAUGCAGAGCAGAUGCUGCACAUAUGCCACAAUGCACCAUCGUGAUCACGAUGAUGAUGACGAUGAGGCAGAGGUGGUGGACGGAAUGGCUCGUGCUGACACUGGCGUGAUGUGCUCUCGAAUACGCGUGUGAUGCCUCACGUUGGCAUGUUGGCAUGGCUGUUGGUUUACGCCAGGGUGUGUUCGGAGGUUCAGUUCAAUACAGGGCAGUCUUAAAUUCAGUACAGCAGUGUGACAGCGCAUUUGAGUCUGCUUGUUGGAGGGAUAAAACUAU